GUUAUAACUAGUUAGUGUGUUUCUGUGUCACUCACUCACUCAGUAUUGGUCUGCUUAAUCUUAAACUGUGCUAGCUGUAUACACUGAUCACUCAGAUUUGUUUAAUCAAAUCAAUCUCACUAUCACUCUCUCUUCACUAUAACCAGGAAACAACAACUCAUUCAAACAAAAUAAAUUUAAAUUAAAAAACAAAAAACAAAUCCUCAAAGCCCAGAUUUAAAUUCACAAGCUAGAGAGAGAAGCAACCAUAAACUAUGAAACUGAAAUUCUCUCUAAUUCUCUCUCUAAAACCACCGUCACGUUUUCGUUGCUGCAUUUCGGAUCUUCAGAGGUAGGAGGAGAAUCUGGAUGUGAGUGAUUGCGCCGGCAUCGGUUAGAUCGGCUAUGGCGGAGUACUCCGGCGAAGGUGGACUUGAGGCGGCGCCGCUGGCGAUGUCUGGAUCGUUCAAGGAAGGGAAGAGCUCGUCGUCGUCGCGGAGGCGAGUGCCGUCGAGGAGGCCGAGUUUGGAUGCGGAUGAGUUCAUGAACUUGCUUCACGGUUCGGAUCCGGUGAAGUUGGAGCUCAAUCGGCUUGAGAAUGAAGUCAAAGAUAAGGACAGAGAAUUAUCUGAAGCUCAGGCGGAGAUCAAAGCCUUGAGGCAAUCUGAACGGCUCAGAGAAAAGGCUGUUGAAGAGCUUACUGAAGAAUUGUCAAGGAUUGAUGGGAAGCUGAAGUUAACAGAAUCUCUUCUAGAAAGCAAAAAUCUUGAAAUAAAGAAAAUCAAUGAUGAGAAGAAAGCGUCAAUGGCUGCUCAGUUUGCAGCUGAAGCCACUCUUCGAAGGGUCCAUGCUGCUCAGAAGGAUGAUGACAUGCCUCCUAUAGAGGCCAUUCUUGCUCCUCUAGAGGCUGAACUCAAGCUUGCUCGACAAGAGAUUGCUAAACUUCAAGACGAUAACAAAGCUUUAGAUCGUCUUACCAAAUCUAAAGAAGCAGCACUUGUUGAAGCGGAGAGGACUGUUAAGGCUGCCUUGGCUAAGGCCUCCAUGGUGGAUGAUCUCCAAAAUAAAAAUCAAGAGCUAAUGAAACAGAUUGAGAUUUGCCAGGAAGAAAAUAAAAUUUUGGACAAAAUGCAUAGACUGAAGGUGGCAGAGGUUGAAAAGCUUACUCAAACUGUCAGGGAACUAGAAGAGGCUGUUCUUGCAGGGGGUGCAGCUGCUAAUGCUGUGAGAGAUUAUCAGAGGAAAGUUCAAGAAAUGAAUGAAGAAAGAAAAACUCUUGAUCGGGAGUUGGCUCGUGCCAAGGUAUCAGCUAACAGAGUAGCUGUAGCAGUAGCAAAUGAAUGGAAAGAUGCUAAUGAUAAAGUGAUGCCUGUCAAACAAUGGCUUGAAGAACGACGAUUCUUACAGGGAGAGAUGCAGCAACUUCGAGAUAAGCUUGCUAUAGCUGAGCGUACUUCAAAGUCCGAAGCACAGUUAAAAGAAAAAUAUCAAUUACGGCUUAAAGUGCUUCAAGAGACUUUGAGAGAAACUUCUAACAGUAUUAAUCGCGGCACCUCAGAGGGAAGAUGUGUUAGCAAUGGGCCUUCUCGACGUCAAUCUCUAGGUGGAGCUGAUAACAUCUCCAAACUAACUUCCAACGGGUUUCUACCUAAGAGAACAUUAUCCUUUCAACUAAAGCCCUCUGUGUCCUCCAGCACAGUUUUGAAGAAUGCUAAAGGCACAUCUAAAUCUUUUGACGGUGGCUCAAGAUCACUAGAAAGGAGUAAAAUUCUUCUGAAUGGAAAGCCUCCAAGUUCCUCAUUUAACCAGUCUUCUGAAAGGACCAAAGACAAAGAGGAAAAAGACAAUUGGAAAGGAAAUUCAGAUAAGCCAAAUGAGCCCCCAGUAGUAGAUGUGGAGGAUAAUGUUCCAGGAGUUUUGUAUGAUUUGCUGCAGAAAGAGGUCUUGGCCUUGAGAAAAGCUGGUCAUGAAAAAGAUCAAAGCCUAAAAGACAAAGAUGAUGCCAUUGAGAUGCUAGCGAAGAAAGUGGAUACAUUGACCAAAGCCAUGGAAGUUGAGGCAAAGAAGAUGAGAAGGGAAGUAGCUUCCAUGGAGAAGGAGGUAGCUGCAAUGCGUAUAGAGAAAGAACAAGAUAGCAGAUCAAAGCGUUUCAGCAGUGUAAAGGGCCCUAUGAACAGUGCUCAGCAUCAGCUUGUUUCCGGGAGAAAUGGGGCACGGGGAGGGCUAACACGCAGCACCCAAUGACAAUAGGUCUCUUGCGCCGGCACUAUGAAGUGAACUUCCAUAGCAUCAUUCUUCUGCCCUUGUUUAUUUCUGUUUUACUUUUGUCGUUUUUCCCCCAAUUGAUUAUGAGAUUGUAACUGGCGUAUCCGACGACAGUUGUUGAUGAUAUAAGCCAUGGAUUGAGGGUAAGAAAAGAAGUAUGCAUCUGACCUAGACUGUGGUGCUCUCUGCUUAGAGAGAGAGAGAGAGAUCGGCUAGGAAGCCAGGCAAAGGAAGACGAUUAACUCGGAACUAACUUUCAGCUUUUCUUUGAGUGGCUGUGUGGUUGUAUAGGUAGCUUUAUUUAUCUUCCCUCUUUUUGGCGGUUGAUAUUUGUAAUACGCAGAUAGUGUGAUUGUGUUGGUUCAGGUUUGUUAAUAGCUUUGUAAACAGAUCAAGAUCUAAGCUUAUUUGGUUGUGUAAUACUCUCUUAGUUUACGCUGAUUUCAUGUUUGAGUGAA